AUGUCGGAACAUCAAAUGACGGAAUUAACGUGGGUGGGCAACGUAAGAUACGCCACGUUACCCAAGAUCGAGGUCCCCGAGCGCUUCGCGGGUACGCCGGGCGUGGGCAGCAGCCUGAAAAAUUAUAUGAUGCAGAUCCGCAAUGCGCAGUACCGCUGGAUGAAGGACGGGUUAGAAACGGAGGACUUCUUCCGGGGGCUCUCAAACACGGUGACAGGAGAGGCGGAAACUGCAUAUGGCAUGGAGCUGGAACGCAUGCUGAGCGAGCCGGCGCAAGCCACGGGAGUGACAUGGGACGUGGUUACGCAGUUCUUCGACACACUGAGGCGACACUUUCCCGUGCAGACGCCAGAACGUGUGAGGGAGUUCGCGUCAUUCAAGAGGAAGGCGGGAGAGUCACUACUGGCGACGUACGGCAGGCUGCGCGAGCUCGUGGCAGAUAUGGAAUGCCGAGAUGAGUGGAGGCUGGUGUCCAAAUUCCUUAAUAGCCUGGACGAGCGGGUGGCCGGAGAUGUGCGGGGAAGAGUGUUCGAGUUGGGACCAUCAGCGACACUGGAGCACUCGUACGAUCUGGCGAAGAAGCACGAGGGCUCCGCCUUUACAAAAUGGAGAGAGGCGGUAUGCAAGUCGAAGAGCGGCGCAAGUCAGCUUGGGCGGCCGUCGCGGCCGGAGAAUCAUCCAGCAGGCGAGGAGGACGAGACGCGGAGACGCGCAGGUGUCAUCGGUGCGGGCAGGAAGGACAUCUGCAGCGGGAUUGCAGCAGGCCGCAGAUGUGCGAUCACUGUCAGGGAGAAGGGCACCUGCGCCGGGAAUGUCCGGAACUCCCCACGUGCGAGAACUGUGGCAGGCGAGGGCAUCGCACCUCUGACUGCUACAGUCGGCGACCGCGAUCGGCAGGACCGAGGAACAAGGAAGACCUGGAGGCGCAGCUCCGGAUACUGCAAGCAAGGAUUCGGGAGUUAG